AUGUCGAGGCUGCCGUUGCCGUUGCUGCUGCUGCUGCUGCUGCUGCUGCUGCUGCUGCUAGGCGUGGUGGUGGCGGGAGCCGAGGGUGCUGUGGGAGAUCAAGGGUUGGUGGGCACGGAUCAGACCCGUGGUCAUGUGGGAUUCCGGUUGGAGGCACUGGGGUCAGAGCAGCGGAUGCGCUUUGAGGCGCGCGUGCCGCAGGAGCACCAGGAGCGAGUGUUUAAUCUAACGGCCUUUGGUGCCAUCGGGGAUGGUCGCCACAACAAUUCGCUGGCCAUGGCCGCCGCCUUGGAGGCCGUGCAGCAGUCGGGUGGGGGCACCAUCUACAUUCCUCCCGGAGACUUUUUGCUGGCCCCCUUUAACAUGACCAGCCACUUGGUCUUGUAUCUCGAAGCCGGUUCCAUCCUGCGCGCGACGGACCGGCUGGCAGACUGGCCCAUCAUCCCGCCCAUGCCCUCCUAUGGCCAGGGACGGGAUCAUCCCGGGCCUCGCCAUGCCUCGUUUUUGCAUGGCUUCAAUCUGACCGACGUGACAGUCACGGGCAACAACGGCACCAUCAACGCCACGGGUGAUAUUUGGUGGGCGCGGCACAACAAUGGCACAGAGGUCUAUACCCGGGGCCACUUGUACGAGGUCAUGUGGUCUCGUCAGCUGGAGGUGUCCCAUCUCACCUUGACACACAGUCCUUUCUGGACGGUGCACCCCGUCUACUCUCAGGACUUUCGCGCCAUAGAUCUGACCAUUCUCAACCCCCCCUACUCACCUAACACGGAUGGCGUGGACCCCGACUCCACCCGGGACGUCGUGAUUCGCGAUUGCUACUUUAGCACUGGCGAUGACUCGGUCGCCAUCAAAAGCGGCUGGGACGUCUACGGCUAUACGGUCAACAUCUCCUCCAACAACAUUACCAUUGAAAACUGUGUCUUCCACUCCCCCAACGCUGCGGGCAUCUGCCUCGGUUCAGAGAUGUCAGGAGGUAUAGCCAACGUGUUUGCCCGUAACAUCACCAUGACGGGGUGUUUGCAGGGCUUUCGCAUUAAAACGGGCAUGGGUCGCGGUGGCUAUGUUGUCAACGUCACAGUGGAGGACGUGGUUAUUGAGAACUCGAUACAGCUGGCUGUUGGCUACAAUGGCCAUUACGGUGGUCAUCCGGCGGGCUACAACCCCUUGGCCACGCCGCACGUGUACAAUAUCAGCCUGAUCAACGCGCGCGGAGGCAACAACACCCAGAUUGCUGAACUGGUGGGCUUGCCCAACAGCCAGUUCCGGGCCCUCCGGUUUCAGAACGUGCACAUUACGGGCAAGCAAGGUUGGACCUGUUCGGACAUUAGCGGCACGGCUCAAAACGUGACACCCGCCGCCUGUCCCAGUCUUGCGCCGAUGCCAACACCCUAG